AGCGACUCGGCCGUGCACAAGGGCCAUUUGUUUGUUUUGGGACUGGGGCAGGAAAUCUUGCCGGCCUGAGUCACGGCGGCUCCUUCAAGGAAGCGUCAGUGUUCGCCGAUCGGUCGCCAUCGCCCGCUGCGCGCCCCUCGCUCCGGCAGCCAUGGGGGAGAUGCAGGGCGCGCUGGCUCGGGCUCGACUCGAGUCUUUGCUCCGGCCCCGCCACAAAAAGCGGGCGGAGGCGCAGAAAAGGAGCGAGUCGGUCCUGCUGAGCGGACUGGCUUUUAUGAAACAGAGAAGGAUGGGCCUGAGAUUUAUUCAGAAGAUUGCCAACAACUCCUAUGCAUGCAAACACCCUGAAGUCCAAUCUAUUUUGAAAAUCUCCCAACCUCAGGAGCCCGAGCUUAUGAACGCCAACCCCUCUCCGCCAAGUCCUUCUCAACAAAUCAACCUCGGUCCGUCCUCCAAUCCUCACGCCAAACCGUCUGACUUCCACUUCCUGAAAGUGAUUGGAAAGGGCAGUUUUGGAAAGGUUCUCCUAGCAAGACACAAGGCAGAAGAAGCAUUCUAUGCCGUCAAAGUCUUGCAGAAGAAAGCCAUCCUGAAAAAGAAGGAGGAGAAGCAUAUUAUGUCAGAGAGGAAUGUUCUGCUGAAGAACGUGAAACAUCCUUUCCUGGUGGGCCUUCACUUCUCUUUCCAGACCGCUGACAAACUCUACUUUGUUCUAGACUACAUCAACGGUGGAGAGCUGUUCUACCAUCUCCAGAGGGAGCGCUGCUUCCUGGAACCACGGGCUCGCUUCUACGCUGCUGAAAUAGCUAGUGCCUUGGGCUAUCUGCACUCCCUAAAUAUCGUUUAUAGAGACCUAAAACCAGAGAAUAUUCUCCUCGACUCACAGGGGCACAUUGUCCUCACCGACUUCGGCCUCUGCAAGGAGAACAUUGAGCACAAUGGCACAACAUCCACCUUCUGCGGCACGCCUGAGUACCUUGCUCCUGAGGUGCUCCAUAAGCAGCCAUACGACAGGACGGUGGACUGGUGGUGCCUCGGGGCUGUCCUGUAUGAGAUGCUCUAUGGCCUGCCUCCGUUUUACAGCCGGAACACGGCGGAGAUGUACGACAACAUUCUGAACAAGCCCCUCCAGCUGAAACCAAACAUCACCAACUCAGCCAGGCACCUCCUGGAGGGCCUCCUGCAGAAGGACCGCACAAAGAGGCUGGGCGCCAAGGACGACUUUAUGGAGAUUAAGAGUCAUAUUUUCUUCUCCCUGAUUAACUGGGAUGAUCUGAUUAACAAGAAGAUCACACCCCCGUUUAACCCGAACGUGAGCGGACCCAGCGACCUUCGGCACUUUGACCCUGAGUUUACUGAAGAGCCUGUCCCCAGCUCCAUCGGCAGGUCCCCUGACAGCAUACUCGUCACAGCCAGUGUGAAGGAAGCUGCGGAGGCCUUCCUUGGCUUCUCCUACGCACCUCCCAUGGACUCUUUCCUCUGAGCACUCUUGGGAUGGUUCUGAAGGAUUUCCUUGGUGUUUUCUAAAGUGUUUUAGCUAGCCUUUGGAGGAGUUGCCAGCUGACAGACAUCUUAAGAGAGAAUUUGCACACCUGGAGGCUGGGCAGCCCCAGCGCACACCGCUUGAUGGAAACUUUCCGAAGAGCACGUCCUCCUCUCAGUGAGCUCGUGAGGUUUUCAUUUUAUUUCUUCCUUCCAACGUGGUGCUAGCUCUAAAUGAGCGCCAGAGUGCCGCCUUAGACAGACACCCCGGUCGCGUUCGAAGGAAGAUGCAGGUCUGAGAGGGAUCUCCUGCAGGUCUGUCUGAGCUGUGAUCACGAAUAUUCUGCAAUGUGCCUUUUCUGAGAUCGUGUUAGCUCCAAAGCUUUUCCUAUCGCAGAGUGUUCCGUUUUGUUCUGUUUGUUA